UGUGUGUGUGUGUGUGUGUGUGUGUGUAUGUGUGUGUAUAUAUAUAUAUAUAUAUCACACACAGCACUCGCCACCCCAGAAGCGGGGCACUCACCACUCAUAGGGUGGGGUGCACAUAACCUCGGCACUCGCCACCCCAGAAGCGGGGUACAUGACUGCACUUACCACUCAUAGGGUGGGGUGCAUGUAGCCCAUGACCACAUCGCUCAAAUACAUACAAACAGAAAACCCAGCACUUACCAUAGCAAGCUCACUUAUCCUCAACACAUCAAUAAAUAAAUAUAUCAUAAAUAUAUCAUGUAAUAUGAAAUAACGCUGCUUUAUUAGCUCAACAUUUCUGGUGUGUCACCCGUUGCCUGGAGUAAACAGAGUGAUACACAAACAUACAUAUUUAUACUCGCAUGCAGAACAAGGCAUAUGGUUGAUAUAAGGAACCCUGGGGCGAUAUGAUAGGUCAACCCGGGGAAUCCUCCAGCCUUUUAUGGAUCUUUGGCACUGUAUAGAAGAUUGGAGUACCUGGCAUUGUACCCACUUUUGCACUUUGUGAUGUUUGUGUCACCAUGGUUACGGCAUGAUGUUCCCUGGUUGGCUCCGGAUGAUUCACGUCGUUUGAUGACGUCACGGACCGGACGGAGCUGUGUUCCCGUGGCACAAUCCCCCAGAGGCGGCUGAUGUGGAGCGAAUCCAGCCGGACACAAUCAGAAAUACUUGGAUCCAGACAGGUAAAGCAUCACCGCACCAUGGCUGGGAAGUUGAAGACCAUGUUGGAACAUUUAGACCACUUUAUUGAGGUCCUUGUCUUGACCCGAAGUGUUCAUGUCAAAGACUGGGAUGUCCUUAAUGUACAGAGAGCCCUUGAGUGGGGAAGUUAUUUUCAACAUGUCCACCAUAAGUUCAAGUACAAUGUUUCCCUCAGAAAUGUUAUUGAUGAUCAUCUUAUGGUAAAAAAUGAGGAACUUCGUGUUAUCAUGAAGAAUUACCAACCCAUAACAUUUAAUGACCUUGGAAAAGGCAAGGUGAUUCUUUGUAUGUCUCUUCUCCAGAACAAUGCUGUUUCCAUUCAUGUAUUCAAGUAUCUAGUUGAGCUGCUCCGAGAUUCUAAUUCCAAGGACAUCGAGUCUUUGGGUCUACACCACAUCAUAUCACAGAAAGUUGCUUCAGAUCUCUUCCUCUCUCUUCCCCUUUUAGUUUUCAAUGAACCAUUUGGUAACCCUGUAGUAACAACCCAAGCUGAAAUACUGAAGAGCAGCCUGGAAGGCAGAUUGAAGGUAUUGGAAGAUAACCAGAAGUUGUCAGUUCUCUCAGAUGUUCUUGUUGGGAUUUCCCGUCCACUUGUCUACCACCUCAUAGCAGCUAUGUUGGUGUCUGAUAAUGCAUUGAGCUCUCAGCAGCAGGACAUGUUGUCUAAGCUGCUUCUGGACUGGCUUCUGUCAAAUGAUGUUACGUGGACUGGCUUCUGCCUAAAUGUAAGUUGCGGGGUCCUGGCAAGUUUAAGUUUUAGGUGCUCCAAGUUCAGGAGUGCCUAUUUGGAUAAAUUAUGUCAGCUGGGUGGUGGUAUGGAGCAAGACAUCUCUUCUGGAAGAUGGGUUAGUAAUGCUCCAGCACUGUCUUUUGAUGGUCUAAUACAACAUUUUAGGAGCCUUUUGAAAGUAUCUGAGGAUCUCAAAGACUCUACAUUAACCAGACUUCAGACACUGAAAAGUCAGGAUGGGGAUUAUGACGUGCCUGGAAUCAGUAUAUGGACUGAUUUAUUAAUUGAAAUACAUAAGUCCUAACAUUUUGUAGAGGUAAUUUUUCUUUAGAGCCCAUUUGUUACUUUGGAGAGACAAAUCUAUUUACCUGCCAAACUCUCUCAAUUGCAUAACACUUUAAAAUUGAUGGAACAAUUCUGUUAUAUAAUAAGCAUAACUUUAAUAUUAUUUAUUUUAAAUUUGUAACUGCCAAUGUAAUGGAUGUAUAUAAUUUUUAUAUAUGGAUAUAAUAAACACAGUUUACCACA